GAACACGGAUCGCCAUAUUGUGAGUCGAGCCACAUUCAGCUUUCCUAAUGCGACCCUUUCGUAUCAUCCAUCAUGGUCUCCUACGAAGUAGCACUAGGCAGGGUCAAUGAAGUGGCCGCACUGACAGCAGAAAACUCGCGAACGCAAUGUAUUCCCCUCCAGGAAGCCGUCGGCAAUGUUGUAGCCAAGACUCUUAACAGCCUUGUUGCCACACCAAAGUACGACACAUCGGCUAUGGAUGGAUAUGUGGUGCCAUCAAGUGUCACAAGGAAUGCCUCAAUCGACCACCCGGUGGUUUUGGAGGUCUGCGGCACGAUAGCUGCAGGAGAUGACCCAGGACUUCACGAGUCUCACAUUGAUUCUUCGACUCUACCGUGCCUUGAGAUUAUGACUGGCGGAAUCUUUCCAACCAAACCUAUCUCAGGCUAUCACAUGGACGCGUGCAUCAAGACCGAAGAAACGUCAACCGUGACGGACGCCAAAAAUGCCCGCGGUAGGAUGAUCAAGCUCACAAGACCGGUCGCUGCCGGGGAACACAGACGUGUUGCAGGUGACGAUAUCAAGGAUGGCGCUGCACUUCUUUCGCCUGGGAUGACGGUCCAACCACAGCACAUCUUGGUCUUGGCUUCAAUAGGAGUGACGGAGAUUUUGGUCUGGAAGAAACCUCGCGUCGGACUCUGGUCUUCUGGAAAAGAGAUCGCGACAACAGGCCCUGGCCACGUUCCAGAUGCCAACGGCCCGUACCUCACCGCGGCUUUGGCGGAGGCUGGGGCACACGUCUCGUUUCUCGGAACAUUUCCGGACGAUGCCCGUGAAAUGGCAACACAACUUCAGCGAGCGGCCGAAAGUGAGGACUUCGACCUUUUGAUCACGACCGGCGGCGUAUCAGUUGGGAAAUUCGACUUCCUAUUACCGUCAUUGCGCCGCCUCGGCGCUGCCAUCGAGUUUCAUGGGCUACGGAUCCGACCUGGUCAUCCGGUGUUAUUUGGAACAAUCCCUUCGCGAGGAGCUCACAGCGUGCCUAUCUUCGGCCUGCCUGGAAAUCCAGGGGCAGCUGCGGCAACGUUCCAGUUCCUUGUGCGACCUUUUAUCAAAUGCCUCCUUGGCAAGCCCCCCGAAAAGCCGAUAAUCGCAAAACUUCUCCCUCGACGGCUAGAGCAAGGUCAUCUCGGCAAAAUGCCAGACGGCACGGGGUCUCGUACAUUAUUCAAGCAUGGGAAGAUAAAACAGACGCCUGAUGGGGGCUUCCUCGUGGAAAUGAGCAAGGAGCAAAGCCCAGCUAAAGUUGCACCCUAUCUCGAUGCUAAUUGCUGGAUACAGCUUAAUGAAGGGGAAAUAUUGGAUGAAGAGGAGCUUGAUGUUGCAUGUUAUCCUUUCAAAGAGUUCAACAUUCUCAGUACAUGA